AUGUCUGAGCCGCUACGGACUUUACCCGCAUCAUGGUACUGCAGCUUGCCUCUAUAUCAGCUUGAGAGAAGAGCGGUAUUUUUGAAGUCAUGGUACCUUCUCGGCCCUGUGACUCGAUUCCUAACAGUGGAGGAAAGAGUUAGCUAUGAAAUCGCCCAGCUAGAGAUUCAUGCAUAUAGAGUCUCAGAAACCUCAGAGUUUCCAGGUCCCGGGGAUUUGAAGGUCGUUAUUGCCGAAACUGAUACUGAACUACCAAGCCAUGUCACACCUACGGGCCUUCUAUUUGCAGCUCUAUCGCCAUCAGCGCCUUCAUUCCACGAGUUCUUUCCAGACUUAGAGAAACUUCUAGCCAGAGUCGACUUCACAGAAAGACCUUAUCGACGCAGUAUCAAAUACGAAGGCAACUUCAACUGGAAGACCAUGGUUGAUGGUUACCAGGAAUGCCUACACUGCCAGUAUACCCACCCGUCUUUCAGUAUUUACUAUCCACCAACUUUUUACACCGUCUAUAACCACAAGAACUUUUCUCAGCAUAUAGCCGACCCAAAGAAACCCGAUGACGGAUUAUUUUUGUACUUUUUUCCCAACUGCACAUUAAAUGUGUACGGAGGUGGUAUGAGUUCGUUCAGGGUCUGUCCAACAGCCACUCCCGGUGUGACAAGGAUGGAGUUUGAUUACUAUCACAUCGCCGACGGAGACAAGUUUGAGGACUACUUUCGAUUUGUCCGACAGGUUGCGAUUGAAGACUUUGAGUUGUGCGAAAAAGCCCAAGCCAAUCUAGAGAGAGGUGUCUACAAAGAGGGAGUUCUAAAUCCAGAGAAGGAAUCUGGUGUUGCUUAUUAUCAAGAAAGGGUGUUUGAUUUGGUUUGCCAACAGUACAAUGAGGAGAAGAACGGUGAAAUGAAAGAACAAGAGAAACAAAAGACUCAUACAGAAGUCGGUUUGACUGUAGAAGCAGCUGCUUAA